GCAGGGAGGAGGAUGAUGACCAUGAACGGCAAGCAGCAUUUCUCCAUGCAUCCGGCUUUGCACGAGCCCAAGUAUCCCGGCCUGCACUCAGGCUCGGAGGGCAUGCGCAGAGUCUGUCUGCCCGCCCCGCAGCUGCAGGGCAAUAUAUUCGGAGGCUUUGAUGAGAGCCUGCUGGCACGGGCAGAGGCUCUGGCGGCUGCUGACAGCAUUGUCUCUCACGGCAAGAGUCACCCGUUCAAACCAGACGUGACUUACCAUACCAUGAGCAGUGUCCCCUGCACCUCAGCCUCCUCUUCCUCCUCCACCACCGUGCCCAUCUCCCACGUCCCCUCCACCAUCGCUUCCCACCACCACCACCACCACCUCGGACAGACCCUGGAGGCCGGGGAUCUCCUGGACCACCUCUCCUCUAGCCUGGCAGUCACGGGGAUGGGCGCUCCGGAGCCUCCGGGGAUGACCACGCCGGCGCACCACCACCAGCACCCGCACCCGCACCACCACCUGCAGACCAUGGGGCAGCUGCACCAGGCGAUGGCCACGAUGGCCCACCCUCACUCGCUGUCUGUGCACGGGGGCAUGGCGUGCGUCAGCGACGUGGAGUCGGAUCCGAGGGAGCUGGAAGCCUUCGCUGAGCGGUUCAAGCAGAGGAGGAUCAAGCUCGGCGUGACCCAGGCGGACGUGGGCUCAGCGCUGGCGAACCUCAAGAUCCCCGGAGUGGGCUCGUUGAGCCAGAGCACCAUCUGCAGGUUCGAGUCCCUCACGCUGUCCCAUAACAACAUGAUCGCGCUGAAGCCGGUGCUCCAGGCCUGGCUGGAGGAAGCCGAGGCUGCGUACCGGGAGAAGAGCAGCAAGCCGGACCUUUUCAACGGGAACGAGAGGAAGCGGAAGCGCACCUCCAUCGCCGCGCCGGAGAAGCGCUCUUUGGAGGCGUACUUUGCCAUUCAGCCCCGGCCCUCAUCGGAAAAAAUUGCGGCGAUCGCCGAAAAACUGGACCUAAAAAAGAACGUGGUUCGAGUGUGGUUCUGCAACCAGCGGCAAAAACAGAAACGAAUGAAAUACUCCGCGGUGCACUGAGUUUCACGCAUCAUGAAUAAAAUAGCCUACUACAUUUUUGAUCGAGUGAUUAAUAAUAGCCUAAGUAGCCUAACUAACAGGGAUUUAUUAAGAGAUCUUCACGUCUCAUGUGGGAUUUAUCUGCAAAAAGACUCGCUUCUCAUUUCGCAUCACUCACCCGUUAUUGCACUUUGGUGAUUUCGUUAUCGAUGGCGGACGUCUAAAGGACUGGGCUACAGGUCUUCAGGAGGGUGAUUUCGAUGUUGUUGAUGAUGUAUUGUGCACAUAUUAGGUAUGAACCUCCAGUCAAUUCACCAUGACAGCUUGUGACAUUCAGGGACAUUAAACCAUUCACUAUUUGAAGCAGGUAAAAUGUUUAAAACUUUACAACUCAAAGUUUAGGGUUGAUUAAUUCACAUAAAGAUACUGUGAUAUUUGUGAAAAAAGGUUGAUUAUUGUUAUUGUUGGUCAAGAUCAGAGUCGACUGUCCACAUUAUAUCCAGAAGCACACAGUCAUACCUUAAACUGUAUCCGUCCACUGAUUUUGUUCUCAAUAUAGAUUUAGAGCGACGUGAGUUUAAUGAUGGUUGAUUCAAAAACUCACCAAGAUCCACAAGCGAAUCUGCUUUUUUGUGAACUGUGUGGUAAUUUGCGCACAAACAAUGAGUAAUUGCACAGAGAGUCUUUCACAAGCUACGUAUGACGCACUGAAUAUGUUUAUCUUUAAUUAUUUAGAAAUGGAAAUGACACCGUCGUAUAUGAGGCACAUCCAGCUGCUGCUAUAUUUUAGUAUUUUGGUGUGAACAUGUUAUGGAGCAUUGCAGGGCAACCGUAGGAUACUAAACAAACCUACAACACUUAAUUUAACUAUUUAUUUUUCCUCACUCUUGAGUUCACUUGAAAUGUGUGAAGUUUAAACUUAAUAAAUUAUUGGGUAUUUUGUAAAAUUCUUGAAGCAGCGACUUUGUUAUUUUCGUGUUUUAAUGUACGACAUUCCUUUAAAUACACGGGCGUUUGUCUUAUGUUUUAUUUUGAAAUUCCCUAAUUUUCAAUUUGAUUAAAUAUGCAUCGACUUAUACGUAAAGGGCCUCUGGUUUUACGGUUUUCACACCGCCGAGCGUAAAACGUGCUCUUUCCUGCUGGUAAUGGCCCCUUCCUCUAAUUAGCACAGUCUUAAUUAUAGAUGCCUUCAUGUCACCGGGUUUUGUCGGGCACGGGAAAUGAAAUUAUUAAGUAAUGACUAUGCAAUAUUAAUUAUAUAUUGGUAUAAAACGAAGCAAUGUAGAAGAGUUGGGAGAAGUCUGCGCUGACUCUAGGGAGAGACAAACCGGAUACACAACAGGUUGACAAGGGAAACAAAAACGAUGAUUUCAUUUUUUUAUUGGCCAAGUAAGUAUUAUUUAAACUUAAUAUUUUUAGGAGCCUAAACAUUUGAUUCAUAGUGUGUUUUUUUAAUUGUAAAUCGAACAAUUAUUAUUAUUCCUAGUAUUACUUUAUUUUUAUAUUGUAUAUUUUUAUAUCCUUUAUUGUUGUUACAAGGAACUAUUGUCGAUUUCUAAAUUCUCCACCU